UCUUCCCCAUCUUCAACACAGAUUACGACAGGCAAAUGAAGGGCAUGAGAUGUUUCUCCUUCUCCCAUGGAGACAAAAGCAAUGAAUCCAAGAACACAAAGUCUGCUCGUUCGUCUCCUUCCAUGUCCAAUGGUCAAUAUGAGCGGAAAUCAGGCUCCGAAUUUACUUCAGUUGAUGCCUCUGAUGUUAGCACGGAAUCCUCCACUAGGAUUUCGUUCGCAAGUUUGAGUCAAAGGCCGAGUAGUAACAGUAAUAAUAAUAUCAGGGUAUUCACAUUUGCUGAGCUAAAAACAGCCACAAGAAACUUCAGUCGCGCCCUCAUGAUUGGAGAAGGCGGUUUUGGAUGCGUGUAUCGGGCUGUGAUACGAAAUACAGAUGGUUCGGUAAAAAAGAUAGAUAUUGCUGUCAAACAGCUUGGCAGAAGAGGGUUGCAGGGCCACAAGGAAUGGGUUACGGAAGUGAACGUUCUUGGGUUUGUUGACCAUCCGAACCUGGUCAAACUUGUCGGUUAUUGUGCUGAAGACGAUGAAAGAGGGAUCCAACGUCUUCUGGUGUAUGAAUACAUGCCAAACAGGAGCGUUCAAGAUCAUUUAUCUAGUAGAGUACGGACACCUCUUCCAUGGUCUACACGGCUAAAAAUUGCACAGGAUGCUGCUCGAGGGUUAACUUACCUCCACGAAGAAAUGGAAUUUCAGGUAAUCUUUAGAGAUUUUAAGUCUUCGAACAUUCUGUUGGAUGAGAACUGGAACGCGAAGCUUUCAGAUUUUGGAUUGGCUAGGCUUGGCCCUUCAGAGGGGCUAAGCCAUGUCUCGACAGCAGUAGUUGGAACAGUCGGGUACGCAGCUCCAGAGUACGUUCAAACUGGACGACUCACAUCCAAGAGUGAUGUAUGGAGCUAUGGAGUCUUUUUAUACGAACUCAUCACGGGUAGGAGGCCAUUGGAUCUUAAUAAACCAAAAAACGAGCAAAAGCUAUUGGAUUGGGUAAGACCACACAUCUCUAAUGACAUGCGAAAAUUUCAACUAAUUUUGGACCCUCAGUUAGUUGGGAACUAUUCCCUCAAGUCCGCGCAAAAGCUAGCUGCUGUGGCUAACAAAUGCUUGCUUAGACAACCAAGAAUGAGGCCGAAAAUGAGCCAGGUGUUGGAAAUGGUUAACCAGAUUGUUGAAGCGGAAAUGGAGAGCCAGGGAAAACCGUUGCGACCGUUUGAGCCGGUCAUGACACCGAGCGGUAACGGUUGCGAGAGGUCUAUAAGGGAGGGGUUGAAGAGAAGGCUUGUAGAUCCUAUAAUUGGAGAGAACAAAUGGUUGGUUUGUUUGACACGGGGUCCUAAACUUGUGACAACUAAUUAG